UUUACGUCCGUCCACUGUCACUUAUUUCCCCGGAGGAGACGCUCUGUCGGACCCUCAGAGAGGAAAGUGUUGGUGGAUAGAGGACAGACACCUCCUCCCCGUGUUCACACUCUCAUGUCACAUGGAAGAACAGAGGGACACACGGGCACUGAAAACUCUCCUCAUUAACUAAUGAGCCGGACACACACACACACUCACUCUGAUUAUCUCAUCCUGUAACGGUGUCAUCAUUCCACUGAGCUCUCCUCUCUCUCUCUCUCCCUCUCUCCAUUCAUGAAGUGAAAGUAUUCUUGUGGCCGACUGCUCGCUCUGUGCAUCAUGGAGGCGCUGGCUCUUUUCUCUUUCACAGCAUCAGAAGAAGACGAGAUCAGUUUCCAGAAAGGGGACAUCAUCAAGGUGACAGAGAUGGAGGAUGAUUCGUGCUGGUGCACAGCCGAGAUUCAGGGGAAACGUGGCUACAUCCCUGAAAACUACAUUUCUCUCCUUCCUCAUCGGUGGUUCGUGGGACGGGUGUCGAGACUUGAGGCUGAGCAGCGUCUGCGCUGGCAGGACGUCGGAGUGUUCCUGGUGAGGGAGAGUGAAUCAGCUCCGGGGGAGUUCUCUGUCUCUGUCAGCUACGGCGACAGGGUGGAGCAUUUCCGCGUCCUGGAGGGGGGCGGGCAGUACUGCAUCUGGGACGAGACGUUCAGCUCCCUGAACCGUUUGGUGGAUUUCUACAGAACUCACAGCAUCGCCGUGGAGAAACUCAUCUGCCUCAUAGACCGUCCCUCGUCCCCUCGCCAUUUGUCCAACCCCGGAUACAACCCCUACCCCAACCCUUAUAAAAGCAGCUCUCAGGAAUCCCUCCCCUCGGCCCGUCUCUACUCGCAGCCCGAGAGAGAAGCGGCUCCGGUGAAACCUUGUGUGGCUCACGCCCUCUCCGACUACACCCCCCGUCAAACCGGGCACCUCAACUUCCUGCGUGGCGACGUCAUCGACCUGCUGGAGUGCUCCGGCUCGGCGACCUGGACGGGACGCUGCCGAGGCCGAGUCGGCGUCUUCCCACCGCAAUACGUCCAGUUGCUGUACCAGUGACCCCGAGCCGGACGCCCUCGGCCCAGUGGCGGCCAUCGCUGACACAUAUCUAACUCAUGCAAGAAUGAAUUUGAACUAGAGCUGACACAAUUAGUCAAAUAAUCAAUUAGCUUUUAUAAGCAGUGUGCAAACAUGUGGUAAAUGGUUUAUCACACACUAUAAUGUUUUUGUAAUUGUUUGUUUGUGUAUUUGCCAGCAGCUAUGACUCGUUCCAUUGACACCCAGGAGCUACGAUUACUGACUGGCUGCAUAUACAACUACAUUAUAGUGGUAUAAAUCAUUUAUUAAAUCAGAGGUCUUCAACGUUUUUCAGGCCAAGGACCCCCAAACUGGUGGAGAGAUGGAGCAGGGACCCCCUACUAUAUAUAUUGCAUAAAAUUAUGUUUUAUAUUAAACUGGGCCUUGUGCCAUGUAUAAACAUAGCUACCCUGUUAUUGUGCAUUCAAUACUAAGCUAUUCAAAUAAUACACAGGUUCAUAUAUUCAUGUUUUUAUUUUAAACAUGCAUGGUAUAGGAGCUACAGUGUGUGCAUUGCUGACUGAACGCUGACGUCUUUUGCCUCCAUUUAUCCAUUCGCUACAAUAUGUUGAAUUCAUGUUAAUGUCUAUUUAGAGACAUUUAAAUUUGUGGUGAAAGAAUUGGUUGAAAACAAAAAAAAAUUGUCUAAUCAACCAAAAAUGUCGCGACCCCCCUGCAGUACCUCCGCGGACCACCUAGGGGACGCGGACCCCCUGUUGAAGACCUCUGCAUUAAAUGCUUCUUAAGUGCUUAUAAAUGCUCAAUAUAGGGAUUUUAAAGUGUUACCUCACUAGAGGCUUUGUCACGCCGCAGCUCAGACUGUUUAUGAAGAUGAACAACACGUCUCCACUUCCUCCCACAAUCCAGAACUCAAGAUAACCUAUCUCAGAUUUCAGAAGGCCAGAGUCGGAGCAGCUGUGACUGGUGAAUAGAGCCAUUGUAGCGAGGUCCUGUCACUAGACACUAUUCACAGGGCAGUAAAUGGCAGCAGCUAGCAAGAUACUGUUUACUGCGCCUGACACAUUGCUAUCAGGAUCAAACACUAUUCCUUAAUUUAAAGAGUCAUCUGAAGUUCAACAAUCAGUUUAAGAUGGUGGGUUUUGAACUUGGCUAACUUUGCCUCCUUUGCACAGCAGUUUAUCCUCAGACAGGAGAAGUUUACUGAAAGUCACCGGUGCAACAACAGCCUCCUCAGCUGUGAUCAGGCUGCUGCUGGUCAACAGGGGGAAGUUACUUUGCUGCUGUUGCAUCUUCACCCUGUCGACCAGCAGCAGGUGAUCACAGUGAAUUCUCCAUGUUUCAAACUCUGUUAUGUGUCACGUUAUGGAUCAGUGCUUUAGAUCUAAAACCAGGUAUUUAGAGUAUUUAUAGUUUUAAUCACUAAAGUGAAUUAUCUUUAAAAUGACUGUUGCAGUCGUGAAGUGAAUCUUAGCCUCUUGACUUUAACGUGGUGUUUGCUUUACCUUAUUGCUCAAACCGCUAACCUCCUCUUCAGUAAAUGUUAGUAAACUGUACAGAAUUCAAAUAAAAAGUGAUAUUAUCAAA